AUGGAGAUGUUCACUAGAGGGUCUAUAAUUAGAAAUAAUGAUGUAGCGUCGCUGAAUGUUCCGUUGGCAUAUGUUAAUAAACAAGAAUCGGACCAUUCUUCACAUUCCCUUUCCGGCAAUCAUCAGCUUGUCUCAAAUAUCAUGACAGCGGCACAUUUUGCUGCAUUGUUGCAAAACGCUACCUCAAAUCAGCACAAGUCCUCGCAUAAACGUGUUACUUUACCAAUGGCAUCAUCAUCAACAGGUUCAGUAGCGCAAUCAGAAGCAUCUGCAACUACCACAGCUACUAAUUAUCUCAAUUCUCUUAUGAAUGAUAUGAUUGACCAGUCACUUAAUUCAAGUGUUAUACCUUCUUUGAAUAAUCUUCUUGGUCCGUCACAUCUGCAUGACCCCGCCGUGAAGACUGAAAACGGUGAAUUUUGCAGUUUAAAAGUAGAAGCAUCUGAUGAGACGGAUGAAGCUCUUCUGCGAGUUGAAAUGAAGCAAAAUUUAGCGAGUUUAGAGUCUGUUGAACGGCAAGCUGGUAAUCGACGAACUGGAGGCACACCACCUUCAUUCACAGGAUGCGGAGGAGACCUAUCGAAUAUCUGUUCUCCUUCACACUCAAUUACUUCAAUAAUCGCUAAGCCUGAUAAUCCGAAUCAGCUUCCAUCAAACGCUUGUGGUGCAUCAGACUUUGAUAAAACUGAUUCAAAACUAAAUUGCUAUCAUCAACGUGUUAUCAACAAUCAUACACAGCAUGAAUACUGCAGCGAUAUAUCUACGGAAAAUAAACGAGAAUUACAAAGAUGUCGCAAAUCACCUAAUAAAUUGCAUUCCAAAUUGAAAGCCAAUUUUUCUUGGUAUCGUACCAAUAAGAGUUCAUUUUCUUCUAAUGCAGCAUCUUCAAGGAGUGAUACGAUGUUUCCUGAUGGGGCAGUUCAGAGAGCUGCAGAAAAGGCAUCACGUAGCUUCCAAAGUACACAACCGAAAGUUAGAGUAGUUGUUGAACAAACUAUGAACUAUUUUAAUUGGAAUGAGUUGCCUGAUGAUGAACAACUGGGGAACGCGAAGAUGAUACUAGGUCACCUAAAAAACAAUGCGAAGGUGCGUAAUUGGACGUUGCGUGAAGGAAGGCCAAACAGAAAUAUCCAUGUUAAUCCGUUGGGCAGUACACGUGUAAACAUGGACGUGGAUAAGGAACGGAAUGAAGACAAUCAGAUCUCACCAAAGAUUGUAUCAGUACUCUCACCUAGCGCGGUAACUAAUGAAUUAGAUUGGAAUGCCGCUUAUGCAGCAUUACUUCAAACACAUACUGGUGAUUUAGUAGACAUACUAUCAGCUGCUUCAAACGGGCAGGAGAUUCAUGAAAGAGAACAAAUUAUUGAAUCAGUCAAUGAGGCGAGUUUGAAAAGUGGACAAGAUGAAGAUUAA